AUGUCUCGGAUCACAACUUUUCUUUGCCGAAAAAUUUCGAUUAUCCUAUGUGUUAUUGUUUGCACAUAUGCGGUUCGCGGCUACGAGGCGACGUGGUUUAAUGUGACAGACGGUGAACUCUACGUAUCUAGUCCGAUCCAAAUGCAAAUGUACGUGUCAAAUAUGAUCUAUGUUCAGACCACGCUGAAAAACAUUCACAUUCGACUGGCCACAAAACCAAGUCAAACCACAGAAUGGAUCAAUCACCCGGAGAUAUAUGACACUAAACUGACUGGAGAAGGAAUUUACGAGGCCCGGAUUCCCUACUACAUUCCUUUCUACGAUCCGAAUCUGAAUUCGGAAGACUGGCAUCAAUUGCACGUCCUCGUUCUACUCUGUCCCCGACGUUACUGUCCAGUUCACAUGAUCAAACCGGUCGAAUUGCAGUACACAGUGAAUCCAAUCAGCCUAUUUAUCUCGGCUGAAAUGGAGAAAAGUGUGUAUUAUCCAGGAGAGUCUGUUCGUGGCCGUUUUCAUGCACUCAGUUCCGAAGACACUUGGCACAUGGGAGGUAUAAUGAAAACCCCGGAAUAUUAUGUUGAACGAUUGGACCCGUAUUUCAAAAGACAUGUUAGGCAGUCCGGAAUUAUGACCCCAUUCAGUUCGGAUUUUAUUUGCUCCUCUAUAUACAUAUACGGACCGGAUGAAACAAUUUGGAAGAAAUGGUAUAACCUAACCGCUAGCAGACCUAUCUAUUUCAAAUACGAUUUGGACACAGAUGCUUCCAAAGGUAUUUGGUCUGUUGAGAUAGAAUGCAUCAAUCAGAAGAAACGGAUGCUGUUUAAGGUUGAAGAGAGAACAGCUGCGCCAUUUCUCACGCACAUGAUGCUACCAAGCGAAGUGUCGAUUGAUAGUCCAAUAAUACGAUCACGUGUCUGUGCACGAAGUCAUACGGGUACUACUCUAAACGGCGAGGCAACCAUCAUGAUUUGUGUGUGCGACAAACAAAACCGCAUACAAUUACCAAUAAAUCCAAGUGAUGCAGAGGAUCUCUUUGAUCGACAAUACUGUCCCGCAUAUUUUGAUUCUGAUGCGCGAAAAUGUGCUGUUCGAACGAAGAAAUUACGAGACAGAGUUUGCGAGAAUUUCGAGGUCUCCACUGCUACCUUUUCUUUCAAUCAUUUGUCAUUCAAUCACCAAGCCUACUAUGUUCUAUUCUGUCAUCAAGUGAUAUCUGAAAGGACCCGUGAGAAAGUAUCUAAGUGUGAGGCCUCACUCCCAAUAUCUGGUCGAGCCGCAUCUCUUAGUCUGGAUCUUGAUUAUGCAUAUCGCCGUGGUUUACCUAUUCACAUGGUUGCCACAUUGACACAUCCUGGACUGAAAACGUUGGCGGGACACGAAAUUGAAGUUGAAAUUAGUCAACUGCCAGCCGCUUGUGCGUUUGCCGAGGAUAUACCCACUUCUCCUGACGCUUUUGUGACCUAUUUUGCCCGAGUUAAGAAUUUCACAUCAGAUCGCGGUGAAGCCGUGUUCAUAUUUCCACCAGUUCGAGAAACUCCAUUUCUGCAAGUACGCGCUUUUGUACAAAAGUUUAGCUUGGAGAAGUUGAUUCACACCCAAAUCGGUUACGCAGAAGACGGUUUGGCUGCACAGAAAAUACUGAAACCCUGGCCCAGUACUUCAGGGGCUUUAAUGCAAGUUUGGCUGGGUAACCAAGGUCGAUUACGAGCAAGUUGUAAAGGAGAUCCUUUGCCCGUUCGGUUAUUGUCAAACCGACCGCUUACUAAUAAGACAAUAUGGUUAGAGGGGGUUUUUAGUGGUUUGCAUCUGGUUCAACGGUUCCCUCCUGUACGUAACUGGAUUCCCAUCCAUAAUCUGAUAGAUUCAUUUUUUGAUGAAUAUAUGGAAAACCCGAAUGAUUGUGUCCCACAAGAUGAUGAACUUAGAGGACACUAUGAAUGUGAAGAACCAAAAUCAGACAGAAUCAUUUGUCACGAAGGAUGGGAAGGUGACGACUGUUUAAAUGCUAUUUGCUCAGAACACUGUCAUCCGGCCGGUAGCUGGUGCAACAAGCCCGGUGAAUGUCAGUGUAAAAGUCAAUGGACCGGGAAGGAUUGUGCUGAAUGUACAGUGUGCAUGCGCGACUUAUGCAGCACUAUUGACUACCUAUAUUGUGUUUGUGAAAUGCCAAGUGUAAAUUAUACAUGUGAAGCACUGACUACAGUAAAACAGAAGAGGAAGCUACCAAAACCACGUCUUACCAUUUAUGAGAGAACCAUCAAUGUUACAGUGAUUGAUCGGUACAUGACAGGAGCCUAUGUGACUUUCAAUUUCUUCGAGCCGUACGGGGAAGGAAAAUGGGAGCGCAUCUCUGCUGGUGUUUUCAUUGAGACUUCAGACUGCUACCCUCCAACAUAUUACGCACCUAGAAAAAUCGAAACGGUUGAGACAAAUGAUACCACUAAAACUAUAUUGGUUAUUCGGCAUCCCAAGGACUACGCGAAAUCAGUUGAGCUGGAUCAAUGCCAUUUUCGGACAGUUGCUCCGCCAGACUGCUCAGAUUUAGAACGAAAUCAGCUGGACCAACCUCAGUAUAUUCGUGAGUUGCAAAAGAUCUGGCAGUUACCAUGGGAUUUCCGAUCGGUUGACAACCCAGAAAGGAUGUUUCAGUCAGCGGGACUGAUAAUGAACUCAUCUCAUUAUCUGGCUCGGGUGAAGUUGGACAGCGCUUGCCCCAAUAUGGUUAUCACAACAGAUUCCUAUCCUGAUCGACUGAAGUUUGAUUCACGUGCUAACAUGGCACGCAAAAUCGAAAGAAAGCGUGCCAAACCGGACUAUGUCUAUGGAUUUUAUCAGCCACAAUGGAUAUUCAAUUCGGUAAACUGUACGCAUGACGUAGCAGCCGGCCAGCGUGUGGCUACGCUUGAAGUGACAAUUCCAACACACAUUGAGGUGCAUGGGGCNCACUACAAGACACUCAGGAUUAUGGAUUAG